CGGGAGCCCCGCCCGGGCCGGCUCAUGUGACGGGGCAGAGGAGGAGCCGGAGCCGGAGCCGGAGCCGUCGAGCCCCGGUCUCUUCCCGGCCGCUUCCCGGCAGCGGCGGCCCCGGAGGGCGCUCGGCGGCGGCGCGCGAUGAGGCCCCGGGCGCUGCCGCUGCCGCUCCUGGUGCUGCUGGUGCUGCAGCUCGGCGGGGCCCCGGCCCCGGCCCGCAACGUGCUGCUGCUCCUGGCAGACGACGGCGGCUUUGAGAGCGGUGCGUACAACAAUUCGGCCAUCCAGACGCCCAACCUGGACACGCUGGCCCGGCGCAGCGUUGUCUUCCAGAACGCUUUCACCUCCGUCAGCAGCUGCUCCCCGAGCCGGGCCAGCAUCCUGACCGGCUUGCCCCAGCACCAGAACGGGAUGUACGGGCUGCACCAGGACGUGCACCACUUCAACUCCUUCGACGGCGUGCGGAGCCUGCCCCUGCUGCUCAGCCGAGCACGUAUCCGGACAGGGAUAAUUGGGAAGAAGCACGUUGGCCCAGAGGCCGUCUACCCCUUUGACUUUGCGUACACGGAGGAGAACAGUUCAGUCUUGCAGGUUGGGAGAAACAUCACUCGAAUCAAAGCGCUUGUCCGAAAUUUCCUCCAGAGCCAGGAUGAGAGGCCUUUCUUCCUCUACGUCGCCUUCCACGACCCCCACCGCUGUGGGCACUCCCAGCCCCAAUACGGGGCCUUUUGCGAGAAAUUUGGCAAUGGAGAGAGCGGCAUGGGCUGGAUCCCCGACUGGAAGCCGCAGCUCUACAGCCCGGAGGAGGUGCAGGUCCCUCACUUCGUUCCAGACACGCCAGCUGCCCGGGCAGACUUGGCAGCCCAGUACACAACCAUCGGACGCAUGGACCAAGGCAUCGGGCUGGUCCUGGAGGAGCUGCGGCGUGCUGGCUUCCUCAACAGCACGCUGGUGAUCUACACCUCGGACAACGGCAUCCCCUUCCCCAGUGGCAGGACCAACCUGUACCGUUCGGGCACUGCCGAGCCCCUGCUGAUCUCCUCCCCGGAGCACGCCGGGCGCUGGGGGCAGGUCAGCCAGGCCUUUGCCAGCCUCCUAGAUCUCACGCCGACCAUUUUGGACUGGUUCUCCAUCCCCUACCCUAGUUACAGCAUCUUUGGCGGAAAGAAAGUGCAGCUUACUGGAAAAUCUCUGCUGCCAGCACUGGAGCUGGAGCAGCCUUGGGCCACAGCCUUCAGCAGCCAGAGCCACCACGAGGUGACCAUGUACUAUCCCAUGCGGGCCAUCCAGCAUCAGCAGUUCCGCCUCGUUCACAAUCUCAACUACAGGAUGCCCUUUCCCAUCGACCAGGACUUCUACGUCUCGCCCACUUUCCAAGACCUGCUCAACCGGACCAGAGCCGGGCAGCCAACCCGCUGGAACAAGACCUUGCACGAGUAUUACUACAGGGACCGCUGGGAGCUCUUCGACUGCAGCCGUGACCCCGCCGAGAGCCAGAACCUGGCCGCUGACCCCCGCUAUGCCGCGGUCUUCGAGCUGCUUCACACGCGGCUCCUGAAGUGGCAGUGGGACACCAGCGACCCGUGGGUGUGCGCCCCGGAUGCCGUCCUGGAGCAGAAGCUGAACCCCCAGUGCCAGCCGCUGCACAACGAGCUGUGACCGUUGCUUCGCCGUGCUGACCCCUUCCAGCACCCGCUGCCGCAGGGGGAUGCCGGGCGCCUGCCAGGCCUGGUGCCCUCUGCCCUGUCCUUAUCCCGGGGACAAGGGAGCAGCCGGGGGAGCAGCCGGGGGAGCAGCCGCGCUCGCUUCCGUCGGUUCAGCGCCAAGGCCUGGGGCUGGCACGGCCUCGCAGCCCGGCCGGAGCGCUGCCUGCACGAGGCGGGGACGGGGCAGAAACCCAGACGGGCUGGUCCCACGUUGCUGUGUCACACCCCGGGCUGUGCUCGCUGUAUCACAACCACCAUCUGUCCCUGCGGCCCUAACGGAUCCUCUGCCCCGGGGCCUCGGCUGUAUUUUCAGCCAGGAAAGCUGUAACGCUAAACUACUUUCCAAUAAAGCCGCGGGAGGAGAACGUCUCAGCUUUUA